UGUGUGGAAGUUGAUCGUAUUCAACAGUGCGAAGUGACGUGUAGGAGUAUGGACACUGCGAGCGGACGUCUUAUGAAACUUCACAAACUAUGAAAGGACUCGCGACCACGUCUUUGGAUGUGCUGCGUUAGCGGUCUUACUACGGUUGACUCACAGUUUCAUGUUCAACUUUGAUGAAAGAAGUUAUUCAUCUCAGAACAAACAACACGACACUCACUGGCUAGCACAUUAGCUAACACAGGAAGAGCCUCUGCUGUAACGAUAGCUAAAGUGUCUGUUAUGCUAAGUUAGUAAAAUAUUGUACUAACACCGGAGCCAAGAUAUGAAAAGCACUAAGAAGGAUUUGACUCUCUGCAACUGACGGAUCUCUUACAGGAACCGCACUUGUUAGCUUGCUAGUAUUAGCCCCUCGCCUGAGCAGGUACAUAUAAGAGUGAACUGUCAAAAUGUCUCUGCUCCGAGGUGAAGAUAUGUGCCUGGCACAACUGUUUCUACAGUCUGGAUCAGCAUACGACUGCAUCAAUGAACUUGGAGAACUGGGGCUUGUGGAGUUCAGAGACCUCAAUCCCAGUGUGAACGCAUUCCAGCGAAAACAUGUCAAUGAGAUCAAAAAAUGUGAAGAGAUGGAGAGGAUCCUUGGAUACCUUCUGAGGGAAGUCAAGAAAGCAGACAUUUCACUGCCAGAAGGAGACGUGAACCCAGUGGCUCCUUUACCCAAGCACAUCAUGGGGAUUAUGGAGCAGCUACAGAGGCUAGAAGUGGAGUUGGGUGAAGUAACCAGGAAUAAAGAGAAGCUGCAAAGGAAUCUGCUGGAGCUGACGGAGUACACACACAUGCUGCGCAUCACCCGCAACUUUGUACAGAGAUCUGCUGAGCGAGAGCCCAUACAAGUACAGUAUGAGGAGUUUCCCUUCCUAGAAAAAGACACAGCGAUGGACUACAGCAGCAUGCAGAGGCUAGGAGCCAAACUGGGUUUCAUUUCUGGGCUUAUUCAGAGGGGGAAGAUCGAGGCCUUUGAGCGGAUGCUUUGGCGAGUGUGUAAAGGCUACACCAUCCUCAGCUAUGCGGAGAUCGAGGAGUAUCUGGAAGAUUCUGACACGGGUGAGCCGACCAAAAGCGUAGUGUUCCUGAUCUCUUACUGGGGAGACCAAAUUGGCCAGAAAGUGAAGAAGAUCUGUGACUGCUACCACUGUCACUUGUAUCCCUAUCCUAGUAGCAAUGAGGAGAGGAAUGAUGUUGUGGAAGGACUCAGAACUCGCAUUCAGGACCUGCACACAGUACUUCAUAGGACAGAGGACUAUCUGAGACAGGUCCUGAUUAAGGCUUCGGAAUCCGUCUACACCUGGGUCAUCCAGGUCAAGAAGAUGAAAGCCAUCUACUAUAUUCUGAACCUGUGUAGUUUUGAUGUUACAAACAAGUGUCUGAUCGCUGAGGUGUGGUGUCCUGUGGAUGACAUUCCCACCCUGCGGAGGGCGCUAGAAGAAGGAUCGAGAAAAAGUGGAGCCACAGUUCCUUCCUUUGUCAAUCGUAUCCCCACCAAAGACACUCCCCCAACCCUGAUAAGGACCAACAAAUUUACCUCUGGCUUCCAGAACAUUGUGGAUGCCUAUGGAGUGGGCACCUACAGGGAGGUUAACCCUGCUCCUUUCACAAUCAUCACCUUCCCAUUCCUGUUUGCUGUGAUGUUUGGGGACCUGGGUCAUGGAGUUAUUAUGGCUGUGUUUGCUUUCUGGAUGGUGCUCUACGAGAACAACCGCAAACUUAAAAACACAAGGAAUGAGAUCUGGAACACAUUCUUUGAGGGGCGUUAUAUAAUCCUGAUGAUGGGCCUGUUCUCCAUCUACACUGGCCUGAUAUACAAUGACUGUUUCUCAAAGUCCCUUAAUAUCUUUGGUUCUGGAUGGAGCGUGAAAGCCAUGUUCAGAGCAAAUGUCUGGAAGGACAGGGAUAUCCAGGGGAAUGGUCUUCUUACUCUGGAUCCAAAUGUUACAGGAGUUUUCACUGGACCAUACCCUCUGGGAAUUGACCCAAUUUGGAACCUGGCAACCAACCGCCUUACAUUUCUGAACUCUUAUAAGAUGAAGAUGUCAGUGAUACUGGGCAUCAUACACAUGAGCUUCGGGGUCAUCCUCAGCACUUACAAUCACUUGCACUUUAGGAAGAAGUACAACCUGUACUUGGUAUUUCUCCCUGAACUCCUGUUCCUGCUGUGUCUGUUUGGGUACCUGGUGUUCAUGAUAGUGUACAAGUGGCUGGUCUUCUCUGCUAAGGACUCCAGACUGGCCCCGAGCAUCCUCAUCCACUUCAUAAACAUGUUUCUCAUGCAGGGUGAUGCAGUGCAGCCUCUCUACCCAGGACAGUCUGGCUUCCAGGUAUUUCUGUUGGUCAUUGCUGUUCUCUCAGUGCCUGUCUUACUCGCGGGGAAACCCGUCUACCUUUAUUGGCUUCACAAUGGAAGCCGCCGCCUAGGAAUGUACAGGGGAUAUGAGCGUGUACGGCGUAACAGUGAAGAGGAGCUCUACCUGAUGAGGGCUCAUGACAUGGAGGAGGGCAGCAGUCACAGUGAUCUCUCCACUAGUGGAGACUGCCACACAGAGGAGUUUGACUUUGCAGAUGAGUUGCUGCAUCAGUCCAUCCACACUAUAGAGUAUUGCCUGGGUUGCAUCUCCAACACAGCCUCCUACCUAAGGCUCUGGGCUCUAAGUCUGGCACAUGCCCAGCUAUCAGAGGUGCUUUGGACCAUGGUGAUGAGAGUAGGGCUACGAAUGGACACUACUCUCGGGGUUUUAUUCCUGGUGCCUGUGUUUGGCCUGUUUGCUGUUCUCACUGUGUCCAUUCUUUUGGUAAUGGAGGGUCUGUCUGCAUUCCUUCAUGCCCUCCGGCUGCACUGGGUGGAGUUUCAGAAUAAAUUCUACAGUGGGACUGGAGUCAAGUUUUGCCCCUUCUCCUUCUCUCUCCUGCCCUCCAGCUUUGAGCACGAUGGCUUACUGUGAAAGGACUAUUUGCUAAUACUGUUAGGUGGUAAACAGCCAAAACAAGCCAUCAGACUUAUUCCAGAUGUCAUGAGACUUUUUUCUGUUCUUCUUUUAACAGUUUGUCAUAAAAAGACAUUUAAUGUUGAGCUUCACAGAUUUCGGACUA